GAAGAGUGUGCAGGAGGAGAAGGGUGAAAUGAAACUCGUCCGAGGGAGACCUCCGUGGGACGGCGCAGGUACAGCAUUCAUCUGACAGCGGGGCGUUCCGCACAAGGUGCACAUCCAAGCAUAGAUAAUGCUCAGACAUGAUGCCUUGCCAAACCCAUGUGUUGCUGAAGUGGCAGGAGCAUUUCAAUAGCUCCUGGGCUGCAGAAGACAGUGUCCAGACCGCCACGAGGCAUGGAGCGGCGACACUCUACAACAAACUCCUUCACAAUAAAGAAGUGGUGACUCUGGCCCAGCCUGUUCAAGAACUGAUCGGCCCUCGCCUGCCAGAUUUCGAGUGCGAGUCCUGCGCCUCGGCAGAGAAGGAAGAGUAUCUGUCAUCCCUGCUUCACAGCCAACGAUGGCUGGCUCACCGCAUGCUGAUGCAAACCUCCUACACCCUGGGCCUCCACCACAGACUGGUCGUCCUUCAAAGGAUCUACUACGCACUGCACAGCAAAUAUCAUGACAAAUUCCGGAUGCCGCUGCCCUCCCAGUCCACAGACGGCGGGGCUGAGGGCGGACAGCUGGUGCUGGCCUCGGAGCCCUGUCUGCCGGGCGCAGUAUCCAAAGUCAAGUCGGGUACAGAUGUUUUGAUAGAGAUGGGCGUGAGGACAGGUUUGAGUCUGCUCUUCUCGUUGCUGCAGCAGAACUGGAGGUACGCAGCCUCCGUCCAUCCCGAGUCGGUGCUUUGCAACGACGUGCUCGCCACGGCGUCCUCCGUGCUGGCCUCCCUGCCGCCGCUUUCUCUGGCCAACGAGAAUAAGAUCCCUUCAGUGGGGCUGGACUGUUUGGCGCAGGUGGCCGACUUCCUGAAGAAGACGUCGGCGAGCGGCGGAAGCGGCGGCGCAGAUUCGACCGGUCGGAGGCUAGCGCUGGAGCUGCUGCUGGGCCUGGCCAUGCAGCGAGGCUCCCUGAAGUUCCUGCUGGAGUGGGUGGAGGUGGCCUUGGCCGCAUCCGUGUGUUCCUCCGCCUCGACACUGUCUUCCUCCUCUGCGUUCAAUGCGCGGCAGCCGGUCGGCGUGGGAUUUGAUGUCAUCCAUCAAACGCUUUUCCAAAUGAGGCAAUAUUCGGGUAUCCGUGGUGACAGUGUCAAUACUCAGGUGCUAAAGAAGGAUGCAGAUGGACUUUGUCGACUCUCCCAGGCAGCUCUCUGCUUGUUUGAGGAGAUUUGUAAUCUGGCGUCCUACUGCCUGUGCUCGUGCAGCACUGAUAUUCCUCCUGGUACAGAGAACGACGCUGUGAUGGUGUAUGUUUGGGGCAGUAACAGCAGCCAUCAGCUGGCAGAGGGAACGCUGGAGAAAAUCCUUUUGCCUAAGCUGACGCAGGGCUUCAGUGACGCUCAAAUGAUCGAGGCAGGUCAGUACUGUACCUUUUCAGUAUCUGCAGAUGGUUCAGUAAAAGCAUGUGGAAAAGGCAGCUAUGGCCGCCUGGGUCUGGGGGACUCCAAUAACCAGUCCAUGCCCAAGAAACUAGUGCUGGAGCCGCACAGAAACAUGAAGAAAGUAUCCUCGUCCAAAGGUUCUGAUGGUCACACUUUGGCCAUCACAGUAGAGGGUGAGGUAUUCAGCUGGGGUGACGGAGAAUAUGGGAAGUUAGGUCACGGAAACAGUGCUACACAGAAAUAUCCUAAAAUCAUACAAGGUCCGCUGGUCGGCAAAGUGGUUGUUUGUGUGUCUGCUGGUUAUAGACACAGUGCUGCUGUGACUAACGAUGGAGAACUGUACACAUGGGGAGAAGGCGACUUUGGCAGACUCGGUCACAGUGACAGCCAGAGUCGAAACGUGCCCACCUUGGUGAAGGACAUCAGUGGCGUGGGCCAAGUGACCUGCGGCAGUUCUCAUACCAUCGCUGUGGCACAGGAUGGACGCACCGUAUGGUCCUUCGGUGGCGGGGACAAUGGGAAACUAGGACAUGGAGACACCAACCGCGUGUAUCGGCCUAAGGUCAUCGAAGCCCUGCAUGGAUUCAUCAUCAGAAAAGUGUGCGCCGGCAGCCAGUCGUCUCUGGCUCUUACCUCUGCAGGACAGGUGUUUGCCUGGGGCUGUGGCUCAUGUCUUGGCUGUGGCUCCUCUGAGACGACCUCUCUAAGGCCCAGGUUCAUAGAAGACUUGAGCAUCACCAAAAUUAUUGACAUCUCGUGUGGAGAUAGCCACUGUCUUGCACUUUCCCACGAGAACGAAGUGUACGCUUGGGGAAACAACACUAUGGGCCAGUGUGGGCAAGGCCACACCUCCACACCUAUUACCAAACCCAAGAAAGUGCUGGGUCUAGAGGGGGUGUCCAUACAGCAGAUCACUGCUGGAACCUCCCACAGUUUGGCUUGGACCGCAGUUCCAACAGACAGACAAUUGGUUGCGUGGCACAGGCCGUUCUGCGUCGACUUGGAAGAGAGUACAUUUGCCUACUUACGCAACUUCUUGGAAAGCUACUGCGAUGGGAUUGGGAAUGACACCCCCCCUGCCCCGUUCCUAUCUAAAAGAGACCACCAUCAGUUUGUUUUGCUGUGCAUGAAGCUGCUGUCUGUCCAUUUGUCCCUGGCACAUGCAGGAGGCACCGGUGCUAUGGUUCUGGGGGCUCAGAGCAGACCCCUCCGGAACCUGCUCUUCAGGCUCAUAGACACUAAUAUGCCAGACUCCAUACAACAGGCUGUUAUGAACACACUGUCCAUUGGAGCUUCUCUACUGCUGCCUCCUCUUAGAGAACGAACAGAGCUGCUCCUCUCCCUCCUCCCUCAGGGUCCUCAGAGCUUGAACAUCCUUUCCAAAGGACAACGCCUUCAGCUUGACAUGGUUCUCAGCAGCCUUCAGGACCAGAGCCAUGUAGCAUCUCUACUAGGCUACAGCAAUUUGGGGGAAGUGACAGCCCUGGGACUCCCUCUGACCCCCGCCAUGGCAGCCCGCCCACCGUCUUCUACCAGCUCUGUGGAGGCCUCUGAUCCUCUGCACUUAGCGGAGGUUUUACUCAGAACACUACUGCUCAGCAUAGGCUUUUAUACGGAGCGUGCGUUCGGGGAGCUGGAAAAAAACAGUGACAAGCAGCUAUCUAAUGACAGUCAGGGACAAACUGAUCCUCCUUCUCACUUCCACCAGCUGCUGUCUGGACUCCACAAACACCUGCUGGCCCACUGCUACAUCCAUUCCAGCCCUGAGGAUGACAGCAGUGUAACGCUGCUUUGUGAACAUCUUUACCUACUGCUGCCCUGUGCUGCCGACACACUGGGGAGAUCAGCCAAACUUCUGAAGGGGAGUUUGCUGGACAAACAAAUCAUGAAGAAGCUUCACAUGGUGCUGUACAACUCAGUGGCUGGCAGCCUGCUGUGCCAGGUCAUGUACUCGUUGCUGCUGCUGCCCUUGGGCACAGUUCAGCCCCUCCUCAGCCAUUUGCUCGCCCUGCUCGAGCAUCUUAAUGAUUUCAACAGAUUGCUGCCAGACACAGGCCGGCUGGAAGAGCAAGAACUAGGGAUGGAGACUCAGAAUACCUGCUCAGAUAAAAGUGAAGAAAACACAUUCCAGCAUGAGGAGGAGGAGCUGAAGUGGGUUUGGCUGUUGGACCUGGAACGCUCUGUAGCGCUGGCUGUGGGCCGCUGCCUCGGUGGUAUGCUGCAGGGCCCGCCACCUUCACUGCAGGAGAAAUCGUCAGAGGUCUGGCUAUCAAAUGUCCUCCUCAGGAACGGCCUUGAGAUGGACUUUGAACAGCUGGACUCAAGCAUCAUGUGGCUCACUGAGGCGGUGCUCCUGGGCAGCUGUGAUAGCAGACUGGCAGAGCUGAGUCUGAGUGAGGAAACCAGGACUUUACUGGAGCUGACUCUGGGCUCGUCUAAAGGGCCUGCAGUCAGCCUCUGGAGGAAGAUGGAGGAGUAUGCACACAGCAGAGAGUGGGAGAGUGGAGGUUCUUCAGGCGACUGUUUGCUUCAGACUGUGUGUCGCUGCAGUUUAGCUGUGCUUCUAAAGCACACGGGGCUGCAGGAUCAGGCCUAUUGGCAAGACAGAUACGAGCCCUCUGAGAUGCUGUUGAAUGCCUAUGAAACAGUUUAUAAAAUUAGAAGCACUCUGUUGGCCUAUAAAAACACCCCAAGGACCUCACAGAUGCACGCUGCUGCCAAACAGACAUCUCAGUCUUCCCAAAGCCCCGAUGUAGAUGGGGAAGUCCCGUCCACCUCUGCAGACCAGACUGGAAAAGAGCCAGAGCCGCAGUCAGGAGGCCACAGCAGCCGUGAGGUUCAGGUGCCCACCACCGCAAACCACAACCAGGAAGAGGCGGCAGAAGAUGACACAUUUGGCAACAGCCGUAUGUACCUGUCAGAAGUCCUAGAAUCCUUUAUGGCCACGCGUGAGGCCAUGCAGGUGCAGCAGAAUGUGACGGUGUACGAGUCCUUUGGCACGUCCACCCUCCCCAGCAGCAUGGAGAGCCCCGGGAGUCCAGAGCGGGAGCCCGAUCCCAAACAACAGUGGGACAAGCAAAGACAGUCAGAGGAAAGCCUGUCUUUCCCUGCCGCCUGCCAUCUGGUGGUGUCCCGCUGCCUCUUCCUCUUACUGGGAGUCAGGCCUGCGUGGGCGGAGCCCAGCGAGAGGGAGAAUAGUCACGUCAUCGGCACCGGAUCAAGGAAAGCUGCAGCAGACUCCAUGAUGUUGGUUGUUGAUGGUCGAAAACAGUGUGAACAAUCCAGAAAUACUUCAGGGUCUUUCAAGAAUAAAAUGGGUUUACCUCUGUGUUCACUGGGCAUCAUGAAAGACGCCUGGGAUCGCCUGCGGCAGUGUAUUAGCCCCACCAACCCUACAUCCCACUGCGGCAACAACACUGUGCCUAUUCUGAACCAGGUGUUUCAUUUUGUGUGUGGAAACCUGGUCAGCGUACCAGCGUCCUCACCAACACUAGCGGGUGGACAGGCCUGUGGUCAAGCAGACCCAAAGGCCAUUACUUUUGCCAUACUGCAGCAACAGCAAAGGGCUGAGAUGCGUCUGGAGGCCCUCUGUCAGAUGUCAUCCUUCCUGUCCAAGAUGGAAGAGAAAAGCAGUGGCUUCCCGUUGUCCCCUCAGUUCCCCGCGUUGUUGCAGUCGGUGCAGCUUCAGUUCCUUUCUGGAUGCUUUGGUCUGGGAACACAGAUUAUUGGCUCUCAGUCCGAAGCUAAUUACGAGAUGCAGCAUUACAUGUCUGGUACGCAUUCAGCUUCCAUGGACACACAGCGAGAGCUCCAAUCUGCUGCCCACACUUUUUACCAGCAGGUGGUCCGUGUGCUUAAACAGAGGGCCCUGUUGGAACGAGAACAUCCAGGGUCCUGUCAGCACCUUCUCCUGGCUACAAUGUUUGCACUGAAUUUCUGCUACCAGCCUGUUGACCUGGUGCUGGUCAUCAAAUGUGGCAUCCUGGAGAUCCUGUCCAUGUUGACCAACAACAGCUGUGUGCUGAUGAACCAGGGCUGGUUUGCAGCCUCAGCGUCUGGAUCUAUGCUGCUCAGUGGGGCUGUCAGACUGGCCUGUGCCCGUCUGCUUCAAAUUCUGACUGUGGCUGCCAGCUCUUGUGAGGAUUCGUUACCAAUGGAUGUGUCACAUGCGCUCAUGGAAGUGAUGUGUGAGCAGCUCCAAAAUAUCCUGUACACGUUCCAGCAGCAGCAGGCAACAGAGAGAGGAACAGCAGACCCAGCUGAUGGAGACUCCAGCAAACGCACAAAUAUAGUUGGAGUGGAAAAAAGCAAAGUGGUUGAAUCUCAGCUGGCAGAUUUUCUGGUCUUUCUGAGGCGUGUACUGUCCCUUAGAGUGAUGAAAAGACUGUCUACGUUUGUCAAAUGGAUCGAUCCACUUAUAGCCAUUAUUUCCCACAAGUGCUCUUUAGGAUCUCCAUGCUUCCAGAACCUGCGCACUAAGCUUUUGGCCUUCCACAUUUUGGAAAGACUGUUACCUGCUUGUUCUGAGCCAGAUCAAAUUCAACAGAUUGUUAAACAACUCUUUCAGUUGUUGUCGGUUUAUAUGUGGGAGGAGCCACUGGCUGAGAGGAACCAUGACGGGACGUCUGAUAAAGAUACCAGGAACCCCGAUAGCUAUGAAGAAUGUAUUCCUAUUGGAGAUUUUUCCUUCGACCCACACAAGUUAAUCUGCUGCUCUUUGGAGAGUGGGAACAUCCUGUCCCAUGGCUCAGGAGGGAAAGGUUAUGGCCUGGCAACCACUGCCAUCACCUCUGGGUGUUUCAUCUGGAAGUUCUAUAUUACCAAAGAAAACAGAGGCAACGAGGGCACAUGUAUUGGCGUUUCGCGCUGGCCGGUCCGAGAUUACAACCACCACACCACCACCGACAUGUGGCUGUAUCGCGCUUACAGCGGUAACUUGUAUCACGGAGGGGAACUGGUCCGAACGCUUCCCUCCUUCACCCAGGGCGACACCAUCACCUGCAUCCUGGACAUGGAGGCCCACACUGUGUCAUUCGCAAAGAACGACAAGGAGCCAAAGUUGGCAUUUGAAGGAGUGGUUGCAUCUGAACUGUACCCUUGUGUUUUAUUCUACAGCAGUAAUCCUGGAGAGAAGGUGGCACUGCGUGACCUCCAGAUGCGGGGCAUGCCCAGUAAUCUACUUCCCGGCGAGCCGCUCUGCAGCCCCCGAACCACAGUGCUGCUUGAGUCGACGUUGCACCUUCUGCGUAAACUCCAUCAAAGUGAGCAGUGGUCCCCACACAUUAACCAGCACAUCCACACCCACCUGGACCUGAUUGGACCUCUGCUGAAGGAGGACGGCCCAGGCCCAGGCCGCAGUCCUAAUCACUCAGACAAAGAAGAAAAUGAAAAAGAGAAGAACCUGUCCGCUGAUGACACAGGUGACCUGCUGAGCCAUCGCCGGUCCCUGUCCGAGGCUAAACUGUCCGCUCUCUGUACUGAAGUGUGGCCGGUCCUGGCGCUGAUCGGAGGCGUGGACAGCGGCGUGCGCGCUGGAGGUCUGUGCGUACACAAGCCGAGUGGACGAAGGGCUAUUCUGCUGGGAGUUCUCAAAGAGGGAAGCUCUCUAGCCAAGCUCCAGUGGGAGGAGGCAGACCUCUCUGUCAGCUCCAUGAAUUCUUGGUCACCUAGCGACACGCCCAUCAUCUCACUGGAGCCCUGCGAAACGUCCUGCUGCGACGUCACCCGACUGGGAGGCCUCAAGCCCAUGGUGUUGUUAGAUCUGAUAUAUCUGAUGGGGCUGCUGGAGGAGCAGGGAUGGCUGGGAACACUUGUAACUCCCAAAAAGAAAUAUUCAGAGAGUGAGACGCAGUGCUAUCUGGAUGAGGAUGCGGCGGAUGAUGAUAAAUGGCAGACGGAAGAUGAGAGGAAAACAUUUAAGGAGCAAAAAGUUGAGAGCGACCCCUUUCCGUCACCGUCCACAAGUUCGACCAAAGACGCCACGAAGGCUUUUGACCAGCAGGACUUGACGUCCAGUCCCCACGCGCCUCACAACCCGCAGUCUCCUAAAGUUGACGUCUUCUCCCUGGAGAUCAGAGCCGUCAGAGUCUCGUAUCUCCUCACGGCGGCUUUGAAAUCCCUAACUGUCAUUUUUAGCUGCGAGAAGCUGUCGGACUUACUGCUGGUCCCCAAACAGGAAGCUUCCCUCUCCAGCCCGAACCCCGACCAGGCCAAGGCCGCCGGGAAACAGUGGGACGAGAGCGCCGAGCUGCGGUCGGUGCUGCAGUAUGUGGUGCAGAGCAUGGUGAAGUGGGCGGUGAGACCCUGUCCCAUCAAACAGAGGGUUUCCCUGGCCGACCUGGAACGAGCUCAGGUCAUGAUCUACAAAGGAGCCCUGACGGCGCUGCACGACGACAAAGAAGGCAAAGAUUCUGGCCACACUAUGUCCUCUCAGCCCAUUUCCAAGUCCUCCAGUUCGGUCUCCCUUUACAGUGCAGGGUCAGAGGGCACGGCCAUCUUUGGCCAAUCAAAUCGAGCCUCUGCCUCCUCCUCUAAUACUGACCUGGCCACCUCCCUGCCCUUAAACCUGCAGGCAGAUGGCCUGGAUCAUUUCAACCCUUUCCUCCCAAUCAGCCUCCUCCAGCACAUGGUGCUAACCCGGUUCCCUACGCUUACCGGCCUGGUUAGUACCCCUCCCAUGCUGCACCCCUGCUUCAGCCUGGCCAGCUCUGCUUCCUGUGACGCGUUCACAGAGCAGCAGACUAGCUUCAUGGAACCCGGUCCUUGCAGCACACAGGCCAGAAGCAGUCUGGAGCGGACACAAAUGUUUGUCACCAGUCGCUUACUAGAAAUGGGAUUCACUAUGAGACAUAUCUACUGGGCCAUGGAGGCAGCAGACGUAGCAGGUGACUUGGACUCUCAGACCAUCGAGGUGUUGGCCAGCUGGAUGUUAGAGCACCCGCUGACGGAGGAACAGCAGAGCGCCGAUUCGCCCAGACCGGAGGGCGCCCCCGACACCCCGUCCCCAGAUGGACCCGAGACAGUUCAGUGUCCUGAACGCCCCACCAGUCAGACCAAUGAGAGCCUUUUGCCAGGACUAGACUGGAUAGAGAGGGAGAACUUCUUGGAUGUCCACUUGACCAGGAAUCGACCACCUCCGGCAAGACGACGGCGCUCAGGACCAACUCAGAGAACGUCCUUUCGAAGGGCAGAUUUGCCGUCCCCCAGCCCCCUCCCACAGCUGUACCCACAGCACACAGGUGUGGGUGAAUGGCCAGAGCAGGUGGAGUUUCAUCCCUACUCCGCAGAAGAAGAGUCAGAACUGGGCUACAUGGACGACCCAUACCAUGAAGAAAGUUAUGAGGACCUGCUCACCCCGUCCUUUUUCAGCUUGGAGAGAGACACGCUGCAGAUAGUUGAGGCUGGAGAAGAACACAGUCAAAUGGUGAAGUGUGAGCUGUGUAAUACUCUCACCCUGCAAUUCAACAAUCACAUCAAGCGCAGACACCCAGGAUGCGGUCAGAGCGCUGCACGUAAGGGCUACGACAGCACCGGCGCCUACGUGGACGUGUGGUUCAAAGGGGAGUGCGGCUCCAACUUCCCCUUCUACCUCCUGUGCACCUCCUGCAGGGAAAAGUAUCUGGCUGCAAAUCUGAGCGACUCACAUUCCAAACAUGAAAGGAUUAAAGGUCUUACAUCUGACUUGAUCGGCCAGUUGGACAGCACAUCUGACGACGACUGGGAGAUGAGUCACCAGAACGAGUGCGACGCGGACAAGCUGACGGGCCUGGAGGACUUCGGGCUGUUACUGAGGCCGCUGGGGCUGACGGAAAAGAAGCUGGUUCCAGACCCCAUCACAUUCACCGAGCCCGAUCCACUGGGAGCACUGGUUUACGUCUCUGCUGACCCGACAAGAGCAGCUGUAUCCAAAGGUGUUGCUCUUGUAGAACAGAAAACUUCUCUGAGCCUCGGACAGCAGGCCGUAUCGCUGAGGGACUCUCAUGACAGACUGAAAGCGUUACGCAGAGUCACGUCCACCGCCCAGAUCCUGCUGGCGUACAGCAUGGUGAUGAAGGCUCUGUCUCAGGCUGCCUCCAGUGCCUCAGUGUGUAGUCAGUCUAAUGGGCUGGAGUCCUUGGGUCUGGCGGACAUCCGUGUUCUGGUGCGUUUGAUGACUCUUGCGGCAGGAGGACGGGCUCACGGCGGCGCGGACAAACCGUCCGGUGUCAAAGGGCUGUCGUCAGAGCGCGGCGGCUCGUCCUGCCUCGGCUUCCUCACCGCAGCCAUCGGCAACGUGGUAUCCCACAGCCCCGCCGCUUACCGACAGCUGGUGGAGAUCUGCACCCGGGACCUCAUGGCUGCAGCUACAGGGGUGCACAUCGGAGCCAUCGGUGACCCGCAACAAAGAGGAUGUCUGAGCUCCAGUCUAACAGCCUUAGGCCAAAGCAUCCAGCAGCAGAGGGACCAGAAUGAGCAGACGCCUCCAACAUUCCUGGUCACACAAAGUCUGGUGUCACUGCUCACUGAGAAGGGUGUUCAGUGUUACAGCCAGGACAGAAGCGAAUAUGAAGCCAAUGAUGCAGGACACCCAGGUGGCUCCUCCUCGUCCCUGCCUCCGUCCCCUUUACCUCACCUGGGGGUCCGAGUGGGCCCUCUGGAGCUGGCCAACGCGUUGGCGGCCUGUGUGCUGUCCGCCAGGCUGACCAGUAAACACCGGCAGUGGGCAGCGCAGCAGCUGGUGCAGGCCUUGGCCGCUACAGGACGGGACAGUCCCAGCUGGCCCCAGACCUACAGCGACCUGGCCGGUGACCUGCGUAAAUGUCCUCUGAAGCGGCUGGAGGGUCACUACAAUAAGGUGGCCAGCUGUUCCUGGAACAGUGAGCAGAGUUUACUGGCGACCUGCUCUCAAGACAAAGUGGUGCAAUUAUGGAGCAUCAGCCAGAACGGCGUGGAGUUACAGACCACCUUCUCCUGUAUAGCGAGUAAGACGGACAGGUCGGGCACUGAGAGGGCGGGCAGAUGUCAUCACAUGUCCCCUGUGUACUGGAGUACAGGAGGGAACUUUCUGGCCACUCCUGAGAACAAACACAUCAACAUCAUGAACAUCAGGGGAUCUCAUUGUCACGUGGAGGCCCAGUUGUCCCGGGUCACAGCCCUGUGUUGGGCCCAGGCCUUCAGCCUGUGGGUUCUGGAUCAGACUGCAGCAGGCUGUAGCAGCAGACCUGCAGAGAGCCUGCUGGUGGGAAGGCUGGACGGCUCGCUCUGCUGGCUGCAGGUCACUAUGCAGGAAACAGAGCUGGAUGUGAAGAGCACCGAACUGACCCACUGCCACAGGAAAGAGGCGCCCCAGUGCGUGGCCUGGCACAGUGAGGACAAACCAUUUGCGGUGGGUUAUCCUGACGGGAAGAUCCUCCUGGGCUCAACUGAAACCUGUGAAGAGGAGCAGCGCACAGUUCUGCCCGUCUGCAUGGACAGUAUCACCUCCCUUCAGUGGGACCCCACUGGUCACCUGCUCCUGUGUUUGGCUAAAUCUGAGGUGGUGCAGAUCCUGGGGCGCUCUGGAACCAGCUGGACCACCCUGCACUCCCUGGUCCACACUGGCACCGUUAACACCACUGAAUGGUGCGCACUCCCAGGGAGAGCCCCCGACCCCAGGCUCCUGAUGGCUGUAGGUUGUCAGAAUGGCUCUGUGUACGUCUGGACAGUGCCACAGGGGGGAAGUGUUGUGUCACUGCCCAAAAUAAAGAGCAGCUCUUCCAGCCAGGAGAAAAACACUGAAACCAAGGACGGUGCAAAGUGUGUGUUUGUUCUCCACGGCCACAUCACAGCGGUGAAGUCCCUGGCCUUUUGCUCCAGCGGACUGGCUCUGGUUUCUGGAGGGAUAGGAGGACUGCUCAACAUUUGGUCUUUACAGGACGGUUCGGUCUUACAGACGGUGACAGGUUUGGGUUCAGUGGUCAGUACUACCUGGAUACCAAACCUGGGAGUGGCUGCCUGCUUUGGAAGGUCAAAGGACGUGUUACUGAUCUGCUGCACCCCCGACUGGAUCAGCCAGAACCACGUGCUGGCUUCCUGUCGCAUGGUCCUCAGAAGCCAGAACAUCCUGGGUCUAAAUCGGGCUCCGUGUUUGGCUGUUUUCCUGGAGAGGCUUCCUCUGCUGUUACAGGAGCAGUACAACUAUGAGAGGACCCACGUGGCGGCCGGUGACCAGCUGGUCCACAGUGCCUUCCUGCAGACGCUGGCUUCGCUCACAGUGGGUUUGUCCUUAGAAAAACACCUGUGCCAUUACCCACGGCCCCCCCACCACAGCACCCCGGACGCCCACUCCUGCCCAUCAGAGUGGAGCUGGUUGACCACGUACGCCACCACGGUCCGCAGCGCAGAGGCCAUCGCCAGCGGUACCGCCUUCCCAGAAUCCUUUGUGGUGACAGAGUUUAAUGAGGUGUUGGACGCAGACACUGCGCUGGCGCUGGACAACAAAUGGAGCUUCAGGAUGGAUGAACAGCUGAUGUCAUGGGCCACCACCAGACCAGAGGACUGGCAACAAGGUGGGAAGAGUGACGUGUACCUGUGGGGAAACGGACGCUAUGGCCAACUGGCAGGAAUGGGAACCAACCUGAUGAUCCCUACGCUAGCCCCGUCUCUGCUACAGACACAACAGGUGGUGUGCGGUCAGAACUGCACCUUCCUGGUCCAGUCCAACGGGACCGUACUGGCUGUAGGGGAAGGACAGUACGGCAGACUGGGUCAGGGCAAUUCUGACGAUCUCUACGUCCCAACUAUUAUCUCUGCUUUUCAAGGGUAUGUAGUGACUCAGCUGGUGACGUCCUGUGGCUCUGACGGACACUCCUUGGCCUUGACUGAGACUGGGGAGGUGUUCAGCUGGGGAGAUGGAGAUUUUGGAAAACUAGGUCAUGGGAACAGCGAAAGGCAAAGGAGACCCAAACAGAUCGAGGCCUUACAAGGAGAGGAGGUCGUUCAGCUGGCUUGUGGCUUCAGGCACUCGGCUGUAGUUACAGCAGAUGGGAAACUGUUUACAUUUGGCAGCGGUGAAUCUGGUCGUCUGGGUCAAAGGUCGACAUCGAACAAGAUGCUGCCUGAAAGGGUGGCUGCUCUGGAGGGAUACCAUGUGGGACAGGUUUCGUGCGGUCUUAACCACACGCUGGCGGUUUCACUGGAUGGCAUGGUUGUGUGGGCAUUUGGAGAUGGGGAUUAUGGGAAAUUGGGAACGGGUUCUUCUACAGCUAAGUACUACCCACAUAAAGUGGAGCAGCUUUGUAACAAGGGAAUUAAGAAGGUCAGCUGUGGAACUCAGUUCUCUGUGGCCUUAGCGUGCGAUGGACACGUUUACACCUUUGGACAAGAGCGCCUCAUCGGUCUGCCGGACUCCAUGCUCAAGAAUAAAUCGUGUCCUCAGGUGGUGCCGUCUCUGGAGGGGCUCUUCAUAGAAGACAUCGCUGUGGGCUGCGAACACGUCCUCACUUUGUCCUCCACAGGAGACGUCUACGCCUGGGGCUGCAACAGUGAGGGACAACUGGGCCUUGGACACUCCAACCCUGUGAAGGAGCCCACAAUCAUAACGGCGCUCCACGGUAAAAACAUCCGUCAGAUCUCUGCAGGUCGCUGCCAUAGUUCAGCAUGGACCACCCCCUCUACCUCCAUGAAAAACUCAGGUGGCUCUGGAAACUUCCAGCUCGGCCUUCCCCAGUCCGUCCCUCCACAGUACAACACCCUGAAAGACUGCAGUCCUGACGUUCUCAGCAUGCGCCUCAGGGUACUCUACCACUUUUCUGAUCUCAUGUACAAGUCUUGGAGGCUCCUCAACCUGGACACCAAGAACCCGGUGUCCACAUCACGUUACAGUUCAGGGACAACAGGCAUCAUCCGGGGCGAGCUCCGGGGCCUUUUAUCGCCCAAGGUCAACACGCUGCCUCUGGUCCGCUCCAUCGGCAGAACAAUGACCCAGGGCAAAACAUACGGGCCACAGAUCACUGUGAAACGCAUUUCCACAAGAGGGCGAUCCAGCAAACCCAUCUUCGUGCAGAUCGCUAAGCAGGUGGUGAAUCUGAAUCCUACGGAGCUGCGUCUGCCGUCACGGGCCUGGAAGGUCAAACUGGUGGGAGAAGGAGCAGACGACGCAGGAGGAGUGUUUGAUGACACCAUCACAGAGAUGUGCCAGGAGCUGCAGUCCGGUGUGGUGGACCUGCUCGUUCAUACUCCCAACAGCUUUGCAGACGUGGGCAGUAACACUGACAGGUUUCUACUGAACCCAGCAGCACUUUCUGAAGACCACAUGGUCCAGUUUCGCUUUUUGGGAAUCCUCAUGGCUGUGGCCAUCCGUACCAAGAAGCCGCUGGACUUACAUUUAGCCCCCUGGGUCUGGAAACAGCUGUGCUCCAUGCCUCUGGGGGGGGCCGACCUGGAGGAGGUGGACCUGCUCACAUACCGUAACCUGCAGGGCAUCCUCCACCUGGAAAACAGUGGAAUCACAGAGGACAACUUCCAUGUGAUGAUCCCACUGGAUUCCUUCAUGGCCCACAGUGCAGAUGGAAGGCUGGUACCUGUGGUUCCUGGAGGUCAGAACAUUUCUCUGACUUUUGUGAACCGCACUGAAUAUGUAGAGAGAGCACUGGACUACAGACUGCAUGAGAUGGACUCACAGGUGGCAGCAGUCAGAGAGGGCAUGUCCACCAUCAUCCCCGUGCCCCUCCUCUCCCUGCUGACGGCCCAGCAGCUGGAGCAGCUGGUGUGCGGCCUGCCGGAGGUCUCGGUCGACAUGCUGAAAAAGCUGGUGCGUUACCGUGACAUCACCGAGAGCCAGCAGCUCAUUAGCUGGUUUUGGCAGAGUUUGGAGGAGUUCACCAAUGAGGAGCGGGUGCUUUUUCUACGCUUCGUCUCCGGACGCUCCAGGUUGCCCUCCAACCCUGCUGAUAUUACACAGAAGUUCCAAAUCAUCAAGGUCGACAGGCCCAUCAACGGCCUCCCUACGGCUCAGACCUGCUUCUUCUUGCUCCGCCUCCCGCCGUAUACGAGUCAGGCCAUCCUGGCCGAGCGUCUGCGUUACUCCAUCCACAACUGCCCCUCCAUCGACAUGGACAACUACAUGCUGACCCACAACACCGACCCAGCGGACAGCUCCGACACCGAGGACUGAAACCACCACAGGUCAUCAACAGGGUGAUGAAUGUAUCUUCUCCGAUGCCAUGCAUUAUAUGCACUGAACAGAUUUUUAUUCGCCAAAUAUGUACGGUAGUGAAGUUUAUUCAACAUAUGUGUCUUUUUUUUUCAACAGUGUUGUAAUUAUUGCAGUGCUUACUCUGAAUCAAAGCUACAGGGAUAUGGAAUCAAAUUUUUAAACAUAGGUGAAUAAGCCACUAUGAAGACGUUAAUGUGCCUGUUUGUUUGAAAAUAUGUAUUAAUUUAAUGACCUGUCCUACGUAGACAGUAUUCAUGUAAAAUAAAGAGUGUUUCAAUAAGGA